GUUACAGAAGUAUCGGUGCUUUUCCAUCAUCAUUCGACACAUUUUUUAUACCGUUUUGAUUUUUAAUAAACUAAUAUGUUACACAAUUAUAUUGACACAAUGAGUGUUACUGCACAAUCCUCUGUUUUUUGUAGUUUGACAGCGUGUUUAUACCGCAAUUUCCUCUGUGUGAAUUAUUGAGAGCGUUUCCCAUCUCUCGCCUCACGAUGGCGUCAGAACCCCGUCAAUCAUCCUUUCACACUCCAGGAAAGCUCACAGUCACCGGCUCAGGUAGGAGCGCGUGGGAAAGCAGCCGCGGGAGUGCGCGUGUAGGGAAGUUCGCUCGCGCCGCUGCUCAGGAAUCAGGAACUUCGACGCUCAACUCCUUAACGAGACCAACGAGUCUCAUAGUUCACGGAUUUUUCAAGCUUUCAUCCAUGAAACACCUACCGCAUCGUUUCAGCUGAAUCCAUAUCAACAUUUCACCUCAUCAUGCUCUUCCUCUGAUAUUGACAUUUCACCUCUGGCAGCAAUGGCGGACCGUACUUUGGCUCCAGGUCAGACUUACAUAGAGGUAGAGCAUGAUUAUGAUUACAAAUCUAAAGAUCGUUCGAUCACGAUUAAACAGGGAGAAUGUUACCUGUUGAUGAAGAAAACCAACGAGGAUUGGUGGCAGGUACGCAAGGAUGAGAACAGUAAGCCCUUCUACGUCCCUGCACAGUACGUGCGAGAACUACGGCGGGCUCUCAUGCCCCCUUCCAAACCCCUCCCGCAUACAGUGCCCAGCGCUGGGGCCCGUGUGGGAACCAUUCGGCCUACUGCCCUGGAGAUCCCGAGAUCAGAUGACAACAGAAAGAGCCCGUGUCCCUCGCCUACCAUUGGGCAUACUGCGCUACUUCCUCCCAGGGAUGACAGAGGCAGCCCGAGCAGCCCUACGGGGACGGUCCCACAUCUACAGAAAAACACAUCCCAGGGCUCGCUGCCUCGGACCAGAGCGGAGUCCCCAAGUCUCAAAGCGAAUGGAGAGAAGGAAAAAAAACGAGAGUUGGAAAAGAGGGAACGAGGAGUGGAAAAAGGUGCAGUUCAGGAACAGUUGGCAGGAGAGGGUGGUGACUCGGAUAAGAAUCGGAAUGACUCUGAAUCCGGGGAAGAGCUCAGCAACAGUUCCAAUGACAACCUACAGCAGCAAGGUAGGCCAGACUCUCCUGUCUACACAAACCUGCAGGAGCUAAAGAUCUCUCAGUCCUCCAACCCUCCGCUGCCGUCAUCCUCUCCGCUCCACAGCAAUGGCGACUGGGAGACUCACAAAGACCAGAACGGCAGAUACUUCUACUACAAUCGCAGCACGCAGGACAGGACCUGGAAACCGCCACGGGUGCGGGACAGCCUCACCAGGAAAGAGGAGAAACAGGAGACAACUGAAGCUGAGUGGCUGCGAAACACGGAUGAGCGAGGCCAGCUGUAUUAUUACAGUGCUGAUGGCUCCCGGUCUGAAUGGGAACUGCCUAAAGUUGGCCUCAAAUCACAGUCUAAGCACUCCCCUCUGCUGCCAGGGGGCGGAGACAACCACAAAACCCGUAGUCUUGACCGGAGAUUGCCAGAUCCUAUUCCAAUCAGUAGGUCGAGACACAGCACGUACGCAAUGGAUUGCAAUGACAAGAAGUUUAAAAAGAAGUCCACCAAGGACCGGCGAGUCCUCUCCACAAGUCGCAAAGGCACCACUCGCUCUCACCCCUAUAGGCCACAAGAAUCAUCCAAAGCAGGCUCACCGGACUCCGACUCUUCCUGCCCCUCCUCUCCCAAACCCCCCCACUCUCCUUCAGAGAAAUGUGGCACUUUAAACAUGACUAAAAUCACAGAACAUGGCAAGAAGGUCAGGAAGAACUGGACCUCCUAUUGGACAAUUUUACGGGGUUCUUCAUUGCUGUUUAAUAAGAGCCAAGGGGGCGGAAGUGGUUGGUUUGGAAGAGAGCAGAAGCUGGAGUUCAGUGUGGAUCUGAAAGGAGGAUCAGUGGAUUGGGCAUCUAAGGACAAAUCAAGCAAGAAACGUGUUUUAGAGCUGAAAACUCGGCAGGGCAUGGAGCUCCUCCUGCAGUCAGAUAUUGACUACUGCAUCAACGACUGGCACAAAUGGCUGACCGAAGCCGUAAACACACACGCAUGGGAGUCUGAUGAGGCCAUUGAAGAGGACAUGCCAGAAUCACCUGACCCUGAGAAGCAUGACAAAGACAAAGAGCACAGAGACUCCAAGAAAAGCAGAGCUAUGAAGAACUCCAUCAGCAUGGAUAAUUCAGACCAGAAGCUCAAGAAGACGAAGCUAAAGAAGUUUCUCACACGCCGACCCACUUUACAGGCCGUCAAGGACAAGGGCUAUAUUAAAGAUCAGGUGUUUGGGUCCAGUUUGAGCAGUCUUUGUCAAAGAGAGAAUUCCACCAUUCCUCAUUUUGUGUCACUUUGUAUCGAUCAUGUGGAGAACAACGGGUUAGGAGUGGAUGGUUUGUACAGAGUCAGUGGAAAUUUAGCCAUCAUACAAAAACUGCGGUUUGCAGUUAAUCAUGAUGAGAAGUUGGACUUAGGAGACAGUAAAUGGGAAGACAUUCAUGUGACCACUGGAGCCCUAAAGAUGUUUUUCCGUGAACUACCUGAACCUCUGUUCACCUACACUUUCUUUAAUGAUUUAAUCACCACCAUCAAAAUGGCAGAUUAUAAACAGAAAGUUCAGGUUGUCAAGGAUCUGGUGAAGCAGCUGCCACGGCCGAACCAUGACACCAUACAAGCGCUCUUUAAACACCUGAGGAAAGUAAUACAACACUCAGAUGAGAACAGAAUGACCAAUCAGAGUGUAGCAAUCGUGUUUGGCCCAACGCUCCUGCGGCCGGAGAUGGAAACCGCAAAUAUGGCGGUGCACAUGAUCUACCAGAACCAAAUUGUUGAGCUCGUUCUUAUAGAAUAUGAAACUAUAUUUGGCAGGUAGGUCACACCCACAGAGACACUUUGACCGACCUCAUUUGGCCAGGACUGCUGAAGACAAACAGCCCUCGGAACAUGUUUUGCUGUGUUUACAUACUGUAGGACUGCACAAUUUAGAAAGAGGUCCGCUCAUUUUGGCUUCAGCGAAAAAAAACUUGUCCAAUAUCUUCAUUGGUCUAAGUGUUGGACCGUUUAUAUGGAUGUAAUACAUAUAUCCGUUCCCAUUGGACUACAUCGUUUUUGGACCGUAUUUGGAUUAAUCGCAUUCUCGUUUGGAACGACGAGGGCAUACGGAGAUUUUCUGACUGAAAACAGCAUUGAUUGAGAAAGAAGUUUGAUGCUUUUAUUCUAGAUUUCCGUUCUGUAAAUAUUACAUUUAAGUUAGAUCUUGGAACAGCACACCGAAUGAGUGACACAAUGGACAUGGAAAUGAUUAUAUUAUAUAAUUAAUAAUAAAUCUCCAGGAUGGAUUACGUUCUGCUCACGAAUGAACUCUGACACGACCACUGCUGAGAUACACUGGAGUUGCUGUGUUUAACAUUCUAAGACUGAGUUUUACAAUACGCUUAAUCAUUUGUCAGUCUUGAGGUUCUGUUGAUAAUUCAAUAUCAAAGAAAGUGUCUGGACGUACUGCUUAGUUCAUGCUGUAUGUUAGUGUAUGUCGGGUAAAUUGAGACUGCAUUUGCUCUCUUUCCGCUUUCUUGGAAAGAAAGUGGAGUGAAAUGUGCGUGUGACACAUUUAACCUUCAGAGGAUACAUCCAUCCUGCCUCUGUUCCUCACAUCACCCAAUAAUGCUUAAAAAACGUGUGUUAAAUAUAGUAUACAGAGCUGUAGACUCAAAGGUGACAGUCAGCUCUGCAAAGAUUAUUUGUUCUGGUAACAGAGAAUACUUUUGGUACUCUGUUGUAAAAAAAAUGAUGGUACUGAGUUUAUGUGUGUACUUGGUGAGUUAGAGUACAUGGAGGUGAAAUCAAAUGUAUUAAUAUUGAUAAAAAUGUUUUAAUAUCAAUUCAGAGUUAACACAGAUGGUUAUUAAGUAGCUGUUCUUGAAAGAUUAUGCUGCACUUUGCAGUUUUGUCUUGCCAGAAUAAAUUUAAUAUAAACUGUU